UGCGAGAAGAAAUAUUCGAGGGAAGAAUUAUACGGUACGAUACGAUGCAAUAAGAUAAAAUAAAAAUCCUUGAAUUUUGCCGCAGAAAUCGCACACGGGAAAGAAAGGAACAAAGAAAGCAGUAUCCCCUUUCGAUCGAGCGUGUGUGCACGGACAGCGCGGCUGCGCAUUUCUAUGCGAGGAUUUAGAGGGGAGAAGAAAAAAGGAGUCAGCUCCCACCGUGUAGCGGGCGGGGGGGAGGGAGAGGAAGGGGAGAGAUCAGGGACAAGAGGUGGGGGGUUUUGCCUUCGGCAAUGGAGAUGGCUCUCCGGGCGCAGAGCCCGCUCUGCUCCCGGAGCCGGCCGGUGCUCGUCGUGCGGCCGGCCAACGCCGCCGCUGCCCUCGCGCAGCCUAUUGUGAAGUGCAGCAGAUUUACAAGAAGCAGGCUUGUUCGAUGCAUGGUAGCAAGUUCAGAUUAUCCUAAGAGGAAUCCAAGGAGAUCAUCAACUCCUAAGCCCAAAGGCACAGCCUCUAGAGGAUAUGCUCCAAGACCUGCUGCGGAAUCCAGCACGAAGAAGAUUGAACAGAGCAGCACUGAUGAAGGUGAUCUUGCCAGAAGCAAUGUGAUGCUCGGUAGUGCAGGAAUAGAGCAGACAGGUACUGCAGAAGAAUCAUCUGAGGUCGACCUCUCAGGAAAUGUUCCCAGCAGCGAGGCACUGGAGGGAGUGAAUGAGACUGAGAAUGAGGAAGAGAUUGACCAAAAGCUGCCACCAGCAUUGUCUUCCACAUCCAUGGAUGCUGAGUCAAUUAGUGAAGCAGCAGAUCAGACAAGUACCGUUGAAGAAGCAUCUGAGGUGGACUUCUCAGGAAAUGUUUCUAGCAGCACGGCACUGGAGGGAGUGAAUGAGGCUGAGGCUGAAGAAAAGGUCGACCAGAAGCAGACUUCAGCAUUGGCUUCCACCUCCAUGGAUGUUGAGUCAAUUGACAGAGAACUUGAGGAGUACCGUGGCAAAAUAAGUGCACUGGUGGCUUCAAACCCUGGGCCAUCAUCUCUUGCUAGCAAUCAAGGACAGGACAAACCAAUUUUUGGUGUUCAUGAGCAAGACAAAUCGGUAAUUAAUUUCCAUGAGCAAGGCAUAUCAAUUGUUGAUGUUUCCAAACAAAGUCAGUUGGCUGUUGGUGUCACUGAAGAAGAUCCAACGAAACAAACCACCAUAAUUGGUGAACAGGAUAUCGCUGAAGAAGCAGUGGAGGAUAUAGACAGCAAAUUUUUUGAGGAUGGGCAGCUUGCUUUAUCAGAAGAUGAUGCUGGGACAAGUAAAUAUGCGCAAGAAGAGCCUUCAGUUGCUGGUGAUCAACUGAGGAUAUCGGAAGAUGGACAUGAUGAACCAGAGAUUCAAGAACUGGUACAGAAGGAUGUUAAUCUUCAAGUGCUAAAGCGAAGGCUUGAAGAGCUUGCUAAUGAAAACUACUCGAUCGGGUAUAAGUGUUUUGUUUUUCCUGAAAUAGUGAAAGCUGAUUCAGUUAUUGAUCUUUACUUAAAUCGUAGCAUCACUGCCUUAGCCAGUGAGUCCACUAUUCUUAUAAAAGGGGCAUUCAAUGGUUGGAGAUGGAACCUUUUUACUGAAAAAAUGCAUAGAAGUGAACUAGCCGGGGAUUGGUGGUGUUGCAAGCUCCACAUACCAAAGCAGGCAUACAGAUUAGACUUUGUGUUCUUUAAUGGUGACACUGUCUAUGAAAAUAACAAUUAUAAUGAUUUUUUCAUAGAAAUAGAAAGUGACAUGGAUGAACACUCAUUUGAGGACUUCUUGGUCCAUGAAAAGCAAAGGGAACUUGAAAGACUUGCUGCAGAAGAAGCUGAAAGGGAAAGACAGGCUGAGGAGGAGCGCCGGAAGGAGGAAGAAAGGGCCAUUAUGGAGGCUUAUAGGGCACAAGCAAAGGCUGAAGUUGAGACGAUGAAGAAUAGAUUGCAGCAUGUGUUGGGUUCAGCCAGCAGACACAUGGAUAAUCUAUGGUAUAUAGAACCUAGCACAUAUAAAGGAGGUGAUAGGGUCAGAUUAUACUACAACCGAAACUUGAGACCACUAAUGCAUAGCAAUGAGAUUUGGCUCCAUGGGGGUUACAACAACUGGACUGAUGCACUUUCUAUUGCUGAAAGACUAGUCAAAUCUCAUGAAAAAGACGGUGAUUGGUGGUAUGCAAAUGUCACUUUACCCAAAAGUGCAUUGGUGUUGGACUGGGUUUUUGCUGAUGGACCACCUGGGAAUGCAAGGAAUUAUGAUAACAAUGGAAAGCGAGAUUUCCAUGCUGUUGUUUCAAAGAGCAUAUCUGAGGACUUUUUUUGGGUGGAAGAAGAACACAGGAUAUUUAAAAGAUUUCAACGAGAAAGAAAAGAAAGGGAGGAUGCGGAUCGGAGAAAGGCUGAAAUAACUGCAAAAAUGAAAGCUGAGAUGAAGGAGAAGACUAUGAGAGAGUUUCUUCUCUCACAGAAACACAUCGUGUAUACUGAGCCACUCGAAGUGCGUGCAGGAACCACCGUGGAUGUCCUAUACAAUCCUUCUAACACAGUUCUGAAUGGAAGCCCCGAAGUUUGGUUCAGAUGUUCCUUUAACCGUUGGACUCAUCCAAGUGGUCCUUUGCCACCGCAAAAGAUGGUGAAUGCAGAAAAUGGUUCUCACUUACAAGCUACCGUCAGGGUUCCUUUGGAUGCAUAUAUGAUGGACUUUGUUUUCUCCGAGUCGGAAGAAGGCGGAACAUAUGACAACCGAAAUGGAAUGGACUAUCAUAUUCCUGUGUCUGAUUCCAUGGCAAAGGAACCACCUAUGCAUAUCGUGCACAUUGCAGUAGAAAUGGCUCCUAUUGCAAAGGUUGGGGGUCUUGGUGAUGUUGUUACUAGUCUUUCACGAGCUAUUCAAGAUUUGGGCCACAAGGUUGAGGUUAUUAUUCCGAAGUAUGACUGUUUAAACUUAAGCAAUGUGAAGGAUUUACACUGUUGUCAAAGUUUUACUUGGAGUGGUACAGAAAUAAAAGUAUGGUUUGGAAAGGUUGAAGACAUCUCUGUUUAUUUCCUGGAACCACAGAAUGGGAUGUUUUGGGUUGGAUGUGUCUAUGGAAGGAAUGAUGAAAGCAGAUUUGGCUUCUUCUGUCAUUCUGCCCUGGAGUUUCUCCUUCAGAGUGGUUCUUCUCCAGAUAUCAUACAUUGUCAUGAUUGGUCAAGUGCUCCAGUUGCUUGGCUGUACAAGCAACAGUAUGUUCAUAAUGGGUUGCCAAAUGGUCGGGUGGUAUUUACCAUCCACAAUCUUGAAUUUGGAGCAAAUCAAAUUGGCAAGGCAAUGGCGCAUUGUGAUAAGGCUACAACCGUUUCGUACACAUAUUCAAGGGAAGUGUCUAGACAUGGUUCUAUUGCUCCUCACUAUUUCAAAUUCCAUGGCAUUCGUAAUGGAAUUGAUUCAGAUAUUUGGGAUCCCUAUAAUGACAACUUUAUCCCGGUCCAUUAUACUUCUGACAAUGUUGUUGAAGGCAAGAGCUCCGCAAAAAAGGCAUUGCAGGAGAAGCUUGGAUUACACCAAACUGAUAGCCCUGUAGUUGGAAUUAUCAGUAGGCUUACAGCCCAGAAGGGAAUUCAUCUCAUCAAACAUGCAAUUUAUCGAACUCUUGAACGGAAUGGGCAGGUGGUUUUGCUAGGCUCAGCUCCAGAUCAUCGCAUACAAAGUGACUUUACCAACUUAGCCCGUAAACUUCAUGGUGAAUUUGAUGGCCGGGUGAAGCUUUGUUUGACUUAUGAUGAGCCACUGUCACAUUUGAUAUAUGCUGGUGCCGACUUUAUUCUCGUUCCUUCCAUUUUCGAACCUUGUGGUUUAACGCAACUUACCGCCAUGCGAUAUGGAUCCAUCCCAAUUGUUCGGAAAACUGGAGGCCUUUAUGACACUGUUUUUGACGUCGAUGAUGAUAAGGAGCGAGCCCGUGAACAAGGCCUAGAGCCGAACGGGUUCAGUUUUGAAGGAGCUGAUAUCAAUGGCGUAGAUUAUGCUCUUGACAGGGCGAUCACCACAUGGUACGAUGCUCGCGAUUGGUUCCACUCCCUCUGCAAGCGGGUCAUGGAGCAAGAUUGGUCCUGGAACCGCCCUGCUCUGGACUACAUGGAACUGUACCAUUCUGCUCGCAAAAACUGAGACUAACUGACAGGAAGAAGAAAAAAUGAAUCUCCAGGGAAUAGGUUUACCAGGUUUCUGUAAAAUGCCAAUGCUUCGCCGUAUGCCAUUUUCGGUGGCCAUUAUUUCAUCAAAUGGGCAAUGAGAGCAAGUAUGGCUUAUACAUCUCCGGCGUCUGCAAGAGGCUAAAGAGCUGUUUACUGUGCCCAGCGAUUUGCGAGCUCACAAUCACGUGGCGCAAAUGUGCAGUUUCACAAGCAUGCACCGAUGCAAAUAUGUUCUGUCUUUACGUGUCUGUAGUUCUUCAGAUGUACAUAUUUUGUAAGCUGACUUUAGAUUCUUAGGGCCGACUCUCUCCAUGUAGUUCCUUUCCUGCACAUCUCUGAAGAAUAAAGUGCGUAUCAAAUGGUUACAUGAUGUAUCUCAAACUCAAAAGGUGUAGUACUUUAAGCAUCAUUAACCAUUUUGUGAAUACCAGUUCUCUAA